AUGUCAGAUUCAGGAGACCUGGAAAGUCUGGGCAGCUCCGAUUGGGAGUUUAUUGACCAUGUACCGGUAAAUAAGCCCCUACCAGUUCUGACCUAUCCGGACCACGGCCUCUACUCAAUCAAGUUCUUCGACGACACUGGGGGAGAUUAUCACGUUCCUGAGUAUCUCGUCAAGAAACAUACCGAUUUCGCCGCCCUCUUCGAUAAAAACAAGCAUCUCGAUUGCAGUCCCGUUAGCCGCGAGACAGCUUUAGUUGUCAUAACUUAUCUCGAACAAGGUCGCCUUCCCGGCCCCAAUCAAGACGAGCCUGAAAAGUCAGCGGCCAUCCACCUAUUCAGAAGGUUGAUCAUGUUUCGAGAAGACGCACCCAGAUUUAAACUUCAUAGUUUGCAGGAGUUAAACAUCAAGGGAAUCACGCAACUGCUGGAGAAUUUUACAAUCUUGGAUAUGCUCGAGGUCGCUACCACGGAACGGAAGUGGCGACUGGCCGAGACAGACGACAUGCUGAUCAGACUUCUUAUCCUCCGAAUCUGUGCGCAAACGGAGCUGAUUCCUGAAGAGGCCUUCACUGUUAUGGACCAAUUUUGUAACACGGUAGCCGACGCCAAAUGGGAUGUGGUGAAGGCUAUGAUCAGCAUCAUGAUCGACUACCAGCGCUUGAAGCAUAAGGACAGGGUCAGGAUUCUGAAUAGCUGUGAAACCGCGAAAGAUUAA